AUGUCUUUUGUACCCUUUAGUAUUCCGAGCCUUUCUGAAAGCCAAAAGGAAGAACUGGCAAACAGACUGGCGAAUGUGCAUUAUCCUCAAGAGCUUGAUGCCAAUGUCGGGUGGUCCUAUGGUGCGCCUCGUUGGGCUGUGGCUCCCAUGGUUGAUGCCUGGAGAAACGCGUUUGAUUGGGAAAAAUCACGCGCAGAAAUGAACCGCUGGAAGCACUACCGAGGAGAUAUUGAGGAUAUCAACCUACAUUUUGUGCAUGAGCCUUCUACCAAGAGUGAUGCUAUUCCUAUCAUUUUGCUCCAUGGAUGGCCAUCCACAUUUUAUGAGUUCCACAAAUUAAUUGACCCUCUAAGAGAUGGUGUCAAUGGAGGACAGUUAUUCCAGACAUACCAUGUUGUUGUUCCUAGUCUUCCAGGCUAUGGGUUCUCAUCCCCUCCUACGACCACCGGCUUUGACUGUGGGAAGAUGGGAAGCAUCUUCAAUACUCUCAUGGUCAAACUCGGCUAUACCAAAUACAUGGUCUUUGGUACCGACUGGGGAGCUGUGAUUGGAAAGUGGAUUGCUGUCCAUAGAUCUGAAAACUGUAAAGCUUUCUUGACAUCAAUGCCCUUGUCUGUUCCUCCGAUACCUACAGUCAAGAAUGUCAUGUCCCACCCUCUUCAGGUUGUCAAGUUUCUAUCCAGUAUUCCUCUUGGCUUUGACGCUGUUUACGGAAACGGUGCGGUUAAAAUUGUUGGUCGGUCGUUUAUGGAUGUUGAGAACAAUAAUGAUGCUGGGUACCGAGCCAUUCAGGGCACACGUCCUUAUACAUUGGCCUAUUCCCUCACAGAUAGUCCUGUUGGUCUUUUAGCUUGGCUACUGGAAAAAUACCACGCCUGGACUUAUCACCCUGGAGACACUGAGGGCACGGUUUUGCCUGAUACUAUCACUCAAGAUGAAUUCCUGACUCAAAUAACAAUCUACUGGAUGACAAAAACCAUUGGUCCCUCUACUCGUCUGUACUAUGAGGUUUUCCAGGGAAAGCAGGUGAAUUCUCUAUCACUUGAGGCCAUUUCUAUUCCUCAUGGGUACACUAUCUAUGAAGGCGAAAUGAUGAAAAUGCCAGCCGAAUGGAUUAAUCUCACGGCUAACCUUGUAUUUUUCACAAAACAUAAUCUGGGUGGCCAUUUUGCUGCACUUGAAGAAGAUGCUCUUUUGCUUGAUGACAUUCAACGCUUUACAAAGAAAGUGGGAAGAAAACCAUUUGAUUAG